AUGGCCAAGCAGCCCCCCGAGGUGAAGGCGCGACGCGACGGCGAGGGCGGGCGGCUGCCGGCGGCCGAGGGGCCGGGCCCGGGCGCGCAGCUGCGCCCCGGCGCUCCCGCCGCCCUGCCCGGGGCCGGCGCGGUGUCCGCGGCGCGGGGCCCGCCCGCCAGCCCCGGCCCCUUCGCCACCCGCUCGCCGCUCUUCAUCUUCGUGCGGAGGUCGCCGCUGCUGCCGCGCUCCUCCAGCGGGUACUUCUCGUUCGACGCCGAGCGCAGCCCCGCGCCCGCCCUGGGCUGCGACAAGGCCACGCAGACCCCCAGCCCGCCCUGCCAGGCGCUCAGCCACUGCCUCAGCGCCAUGGCUUCCCGGUGGCAAUCCCGCUCCCCGGCCGAGGAGGUGCAGCCGGAGAUCUGGAUCGCGCAGGAGCUGCGGCGCAUCGGGGACGAGUUCAAUGCCUCCUAUGGUCCACGCAGGGGGUUCUUGGAUCAGCAGGUGGGAAACCCCCAGGUGGUGAUCCUGCGCCUGCUGCGUUACAUCAUCCGCCUCAUCUGGAGGCUCCAGUGAGCUCCAGGCGCGUCCCGAGGAGCCACCAGGACUGAAUUCCCCGCUGGGAAAGCCCGGGAAGGACGGACACGUGGAUGGGUGUGGGGCUCCCACCCUGCCUCUCCCCCAGGACUCGUGGCAGGAUGAGGGUGGACAUCCCAUUCCCACCACAGAGUGCUGUUUACUCGGUGUUUCCCUCCACUCUUUUUAUUCCUUUUUUUUUUUCCAUUUUUUUUUUCUCCCCCUCCGAAAGAGUCUCAGCGAAAAUGUGGAAUCAUGUUUUGUCAUCGUUGCUGGAAUCCCGUGGGAUGAGCCCCACGGCAGGAAAGAGGGAAACCUGAGCCUCCUGAUGGGCAGAGCCACCGGAGUUUGCCUUGCAGAGGCUUGGAUUCCUCCCCUCUCCCUUUGCCUCCCAAAAAGGCUGGAAAAAGGGCAGAGGGAUUUAAUCAGCACUUCUUUUACCUGUAAAUACCUGAUGCUAUCCCAAAUCCAACUUCAUGUGCAUCAUGCAAAUCAGCCUAUUUCCUGCUGACUGAUUUUUGUUGUUUUUUUGGGUUUUGAUAUCUCCAUUUUUUAUUUUUGAUCCACUCUGAAUUUCAAGACUUCGCUGUCCAACUCCAGGGUCCAAACCAUCACAACCAACCAACCAAACCCCAAGCCACCAGGUUGCCUUUUUCUAAACAAGAAAAUCUUUCUAUAAAACGUGUGAAAACGCUUCUGUAGUGUCUGCUCUCAGCUGUGGGGGACUGAGCAGUCCAGCAAUAAAACCCUUCCGGAGGCAGGGAGCAGCUCCAGGACCUGCUGUGAGUCAGGGCUGUGCAAAGAGGAUUCCAAGAUUGUGUUUUCCUGGAUCCUCUCCGUGUUUUGGACGGGGAUGAGCACCUGGAUGCAGAUGGGAGGAUGCCAGCCCGCCAUGGAUCCAGCCAGGACGUUCCAAGGGGAUCUGACUGCUCUGUGUCUCCUCCCAGGUGCUCCGUGUCCCCUUGUCUCCAGGUGUUGCCGUUGUCUCCCAGCAGAUGUUUUUUGGGAUGGGCUGCUCUAGCCAUCCCAUAUCUAUGCACAAACGUCCCCCUUCCCUCAGGCUGGUGCAGGUGCUCCCCAAAAGCUCUGGGGACCACAGGAAGAGGAGAGAAGGAAAGCCCCAUCCCAAGCCCCUCCUUGGAGCGGUUCUUCCCGCAGGGAGAAGCUGCUGAGUGCCAUGGAUGAUAAUUAGUGUUAAUUAACGAUGGACAGAGCCCAGUGGGACCUCUGUGCACGGCUCUGUUGGAGCAGGGCCUCCCCUCCUGCUCCUGCAGGAGUUUUCACCUCGGUUGCCAAUUUUAUUCCCCUUUUUCCCUUGGAAGUGCAAGGUGAGCAGUGGCUGCAGGAGCAGGGAAUGUUUUGGGAAGGGCAUUUUGGAGCCCCUGGUUCAGAUAACGAGGGAGCCUGGCCAGGGCAGAUCCUGCUCCUCAUCCUUUGGGAUUUGCCUCUGGCUUUGGCUUCCUGUGGCUGUGCUGCCCCAGACAGCCCUACUGUAGCUGCCACCAGGGAUUUCCCAUGGAAUUCCACUGGAAAAAUUAAAAUUAAACGGAUAAAACUGAGCAACAGAGGUGGGAGGAACCCAGUGAGAUUUUUUUUUUUUUUGCUCCCAGUUGAGUUCCAUCAUUUCUGGUGGAUGAAAUGGUGCUUUGGGAUCUCCCAACCUUUGGCAUCCUGGAAUGUGUUCCCUUGGAGUACACCAAAGAAUCACCAAAGAGCACUUUACCCCAUCCUCCCAUGGAGACAAAAAGCAGAUUCAUUUUAAUGGAAAAAAAAAUAUAAAUAAAUUCACGCUAUUGGCAAAGUCUCCCAGGGCCUUCUCCACAGGAGGAGCCCCCAGCCAAAAAUCAUAGGAAAAGGAACCCUCAAAAAGCAGGAUUCCUGUGAGGUUUAGUGGGAAAAAGCUCCCCCAAAAAGCCUCAAAACAGAAGAAUGCUAUAAAAUAGGGAUUUCUGCUCCUUUCAGCCAUGUUGGCUGCCUGCUCUGGGUCGUGUCUAAGCCUGUGCUCUGUGUUGCACCAAAAGGAUGAAGAGUUUUCCUUGGAAACCAGAUUGGUCCCCUUCUCGCUUCUCCUCUUUCCCACCAAACUGUAAAUACCCAAAUAUUUAUUAGAGUAGAGCACCAUAUUAUUUUCAUCAUCUGAGCCAAAUAUCUGUGUGCAAUGUACUCCCUCUCCUUUCUCUCCUGUAAGUUUUGUACAGCUUAGAAAUACUUAAAAAAAAAUCUGAAAAAAAUAACAACAAAAAAAAAAUCCUGUUUUUUUUCUACACUUUUUUAGAGUUGAAUUGGUAAAUACUGUAGGUCCUUUUUUUGUUUGGGUUUUUUUUUUCUGUGUAAUUAAUGCACUCUACUGUUUAAUGCUGUAACUUGUAGAAAUGUUGUAUAUUUAUUUCCUGCUUAUUUAAGUUCCUGUGAAGAUUUGGUUUCCUCCCUGCCAGAAGUGUUGGAUCCCCUUCCAAAGCCAUCGUGGUGUGGAUAACAAGAUUUUAAUUUUUUUUUUUCCUUCUCCAAGUGCCUAAGUCCCCACUUCCCAGGAGUGAUUUAGGCACAUCAAAGACUUCAGCAUUAGUGAAAUUCAGUGGGAAUUAGGAAUUUGGCUCCUCCAGCCCCCUGGGAUUGCUCCAGCCAGGUUUUCCUGGAGCAGAAAUCCCGUGGGAUCGCGUGAAUCACUAAAUCGUGUCGCAGGACCCAGCGUAUGUAGCAUUUUUGACUGCAAUUUCCCUGCCUUCCUUGUGUUUUGCACUGAUGAAUUUUGGACAGGGUAAUUGCCACUUUACUUGUGCAAUACUGCUGUAAAUAAUCGCAAGAGCCUUGGUUUUUUUUGGGGGGGGGGUGGUUUU